CAGAGCUCAGAGCCACCAGCCCCCACAGGCUGCCCCAUCCCCUUGGAUGGGGUCUUUGCCCCUGGUUUCUCUCCCUGGGCUGGUGCCAAUGAGCCUCUUUUCCCUCUUGGACUGGGGCUACAGUGCCACCAUAGCAGAGGCUCUUGACAGGAAGGACACUGACACUGCUUCUCUGUCCCCACAGGAGAUCAUCGAUCUGACCUGUGAGGACACGAGCACAGACCCAGUGCAGUUGAGCGUGACUGAGGACGCCUGCAUCCUUCUACACUGCACCUGCAGUGCUGACCAGGACCCCAGGACUGCGCCUGCUGCCCCAGCAGCACACACGUCCCAUCCCCAGCUCUGCUCCACCGUGAAGGAAGAAAUGGAGGCAGUGGCAGAGCCAAACCCUGCACCAUCCUGGCACAGCACUCCCAUGAAGCCUAGUGCCACCACGGACACAGCAGAAAGCAUGGAGAACAGGAGCUGCCUCUCUCCUGCCUCCAGCUGCCACAGCUCCUGCAGCUCGGAGCAGGACUGCAGUGCUACCAGCUUUAAUAGUGACCUGAGUUCCCUGCCCAGCAUGCAGCAGGACUCAGCACCCCCCAGCCUGGACAGCAAUAGCAGCUGGAAAGCUGAUGGCCCAGAGGAAGAGCCUCCCCACCUCUGCCAGGAAAGGGACCUUCCCCCAAGGCUGAGCCCUGCCCCAACCCUUCCCACGACCCCAGGGAAGGCCCGAGGGUCUUUGCUGGAAACAAAUGACAUACCACACGAACCAACCCAGCAAGCGACCCCAGCCAGGAGCGAUGGUGACAGCAAGGCCUGGCUGGACAAACUGCACAGUUUCAGGAGGAGUGGAGUCCAGCACCUCUUCUUCCAAGGCAUAGCACCCAACAGGGAAACACAGCAGCAAAAACCUGAGCUCAUCCCCAGAGGGAAGCUGAGCAUGGUGCGCACCACCAUGGAGGAGAACUUCUUGGAGGGCACCUUGCAUCUCCUGAAUGAGUUCGUCUCCUGCCAGCACUAUCCCCCCAAAGAUAUCAUCUCCCACCUGAUCAGACAGGUCCUGUUGAAUGCCCAUGAAGAGGAGAUCUUGAAGGACACCUACAUGCUGCUGAUGAAGAUCCAAAUGCUCCAUCCAGCCAACGCUGCCACAGUGGGAUGGGACUGGACGCUGCUGAAAUUCAUCAUGGAGGACCAGGAGAAGCCCCCUGGCCGGCUCCUCUUCCUGCAGUACGUGGUGCAGACCCUGGAGGACGACUUGCAGAAGAAUCUGAGGUUGCACCUGCUGCAGAAGUCAAUUGCCAAGAAAGUGCUUUCGUGUGACAUGUGCUUCAGCAAUGUCAAGGAAGUGGUCAAAUGGUUGGUCGCAGCUAUUACAGGAGUCGGGUUCUGCCAGCCCCAGGAGAAGCCACAAGAAACUCCCUCCUCUUCAGCAGAAGCCAGGGCUGAACACAGCUCAUCUGCACCAAGUCUAGCCAGCACACAGGCUCCAGCAGCUUUCUUUGCCCAAAAGGUGAUGCUCCUGCUCCAGCGGAUGUUGUCCAUCGCAGUGGAAGUGGACAGAUCUCCCACCUGCAGCUCCCAUAAGAUUGCAGAUGAGAUAUUCCCAUUUAUACUGAAUAUCCCCCUGAGGAGCCAAAGGGAAGUGUUAUUAAACACCAUGGAGAGCCAGCUCCUGCGCUGCAGACUGCUAGAGCUGUUGUUCCAGCACAGUUCUGAUGUGCCCUCAACCUCAUCUAUGUCUCUGGAGAAAAUCCUGUAUUUCCUGAGCCACUUCUCUGUGCUGCUGCAUUUUGAGGAUGAAACAGCAACGUGGCAAAGGUGGGAUGAGAUGCUGCAGUACUUGAGUUUGCUGCUGAUGAGUUACCGAAGUGUAAUACAGGAGCACCUGCGGAGCUCCCUCAGUGACCGGAUGGACUUGAUGGUUCAGAAAGCCAAGCCCAGGCUCCAGGAGAGUGACAGCAUCACCAACCUGGACGUUCAGGUGAAGAUUGAGGACUUCAUCAGCCGAAUGCAGAGGGUCCUAGGGCAGCCUUUUCCUCCACAAAUCCAGGAGAAAUUGUUCCUGCUGCAAGAGUUGUUCUCUAUUGUCACUACUGCCUGAUGGAGACAACCACUGCAGCAAGGGGGACAAAGAAUUUCAAGUUCCCCCCAAAAAAAAACAAACUCAAAACCCCCAUCUCAUGCUGCAGUCUCAAUGUCAUGGGGGUUGGUUUAUACAGUUCUUUAGAAAAAUAGUUGGUUUACAUCGUCUCAGAAUUUCUGUUCAAAUUUGCAUCGUUUAUCAGGCACGUUGUACACUUUAAAAAAAUAAAUUAUUUUUAUAUUU